AUGGCUCCUCAACACGUUGAAAUCGCAGAAACUCUUACAGCUCUGAGGAAGAAACUGAGAAGGGAGAGAGAUUCUAAUCAGAACGAACCUACGCAAUUUGCGACGAAUCGAGGUAACAAGCUGAAGCCCGGCGCGAGAUAUGUCCAUGCUGGAAGUUUACCUUAUCGGCAUCUCAGAGAUUACAAAGAGGAAAUCAAUCAUGCUGGCUACUGUCGACACGUCCUCAAUAGAAACCCCAAGCGUUACAAUGGUUACGGGGAUGAGCUAGAAGAUAGUGAAAGCGAUGCAGAUGCGGAUGCGGAUGCGGAAGAGGAGAAUGCGUACAGCGACGUAAAGAUCGAAGAACUCCUGAGACCUCUGACGCAUCCUUCCGAGCUCGCCACUCAUCCUACCCUCUCUCUGCCGUACCUCGAUCCAGCACUGCCAGAUAUGGUCGUCGCUGCCGAUGCUAAGAUCAGGGAGGAGCGGAACAACCUAUGGCGUGCAAAGAACUUGUACAGAUUCUUCACUGGUGAUGAGUCCUGGGUACCAUGUGAGAGGGUUGAGGAAACCGAAAACUGGGCGCUCUUCGAGCCCAACCCAGGUUUUACUGAGGUUUCUGGUAGAAGAUUGCCUAGUGGAGAAAGUCCAGGGAAGAAGAGGAGGCUGAGCGUCGAUAAUGAAGCAGAUGAUCACGACGUGCAGGUAGCAGACACGAUCGACGAAGCCUUCCGGCACACUGCUGACGGAUUGGCCAAUGGCACUUUACAAGAUUUGCAAGAUGGCGUUCGACAAGUGGCUGCAGAUGACGAACGGAUGGCUGAGAAAGAGCAGAGGUCUAAUCAGGAGGACGUGGCAAUGGGUGAAGCCGAAGAACAAACCAAUGGUAUUUAUACUGCUGACGGUCAAGGACCAGAAACCAGAACGAAUGACAUUUCCACCAUCAACCAAGUAGAGCUGAUUGUUCAACCGUAUGAAAACGGCCUGCCUCAAGAUCACGAACCGAAAAGUGACCAAGAUAUGGAGGACGACACGACUGCCAAACAUGAAGAGGGCGUACCUGGCGAGAAUAGAGAAGGGGCCAGAGACAACGACGAAGAACGACCAUCCGGAGCCUCAACCACACCGCCGCCACCUCGACGUAUCACAAGAGCUCUUGCAGCAGAAGCGGAUACGAACAGCAAUCCUCAAAUCGUAUCACCUCCUCCAACGUCGCCAACAGUAUCUUCAGCACCACAGUCGCCUUCAGCUUUUGAACCACAUCCCAUGUUUCUUCUCCCGGCGCAUUUCGCUGCCUCUCAUGCUCCACAUCCUGCCUACCCGCCACUUUCUCAGUCGUUGGCACACUCGGGCUUGCCGCCGGAGGAGCUUCUCGAAACAAGGAAACUGCUCAGUCUCUACAUUCAGAAGUCCGAAGAGACAAUCAGAGGACUCGAGGGCAUACUUGGCAAGCUGAUCAAAGCCAAAAGGCGACGUGAGAUGGUCUGGGAGUGGUGCAUAGCUGAAGGUCAUGUAGGUGAGAUGAGUGAUGGAGAGGAUUGGAUUGACUGUGACAGAUGGGGUUUGCAGCGUAGUGAAUUGAGAAAGGGCAGGGAUGAAGACAGUGGUGCAGCAGAAGGUGGAAAUUUGAUUGUUGGCACGGAGGGUGGAGAUGAUGCGCCGGCUGGCGUGCAGAUCGGUGGACGAAAGGGCAAGAGGAGGAGAGUAGCAGGGAAGGAGUAA